AUGCAGCAAGGGACGCUGAUGCGCAAAGUCAAGUCCAAGAACUGGAAGAAGCAGCGUUACUUCAAGCUACAGGAUGACUGCAUGACCAUCUGGUACCAGUCCAAGAGGACAGGCAAAAUUGAGUCUGCCUUCUCCAUCAGCGACGUGGAGACGGUGCGGGAGGGGCACCAGUCUGAGGUGCUGCAGAGCCUGGCUGAGGAGUUUCCCCCCGAGCGCUGCUUCACCAUUGUCUUCUAUGGCCGCCGGGGAAACCUGGACCUCAUUGCUGGCUCAGCAGAGGAGGCGCAGUGCUGGAUCCAGGGCCUGCACCAGCUCAUCGAGGUGGCCACCAGCAUGGACCAAAGGGAGAAGAUAGACCAAUGGAUUCGUGACUGGUUCCAAAAGGCCGACAAGAAUAAGGAUGGGCGCAUGAACUUCAAGGAGGUGCAGCGUCUCCUCAAGAUGAUGAAUGUGGACAUGAAUGAGGAUCAUGCCCUGCGGCUCUUCCAGGAUGCUGACAAGUCAGAGUCAGGAACACUGGAAGGAGAGGAGUUUGUGCUCUUCUACAAGGCCCUGACACAGCGUGAGGAGGUGCUGAGCCUCUUCCAGGACUACUCUGAGGAUGGGAAGAAGCUGACGUUGCUGGAGCUGGUGGAUUUCCUGCGGCAGGAGCAGUUGGAGGACGAGGGCACAGAGGAGCUGGCCAUGGAGCUCAUCGACAAGUAUGAGCCAUCAGAGACAGCCCGGGCUCGCCACGUGCUGAGUGCUGACGGGUUCCUCAUGUACCUCUGCUCCCCGGAGGGCUCCAUCUUCAACCCCCAUCACCAGGAGCUGUGGCAGGACAUGACUCAGCCACUCUGCCACUACUUCAUCUCCUCUUCCCACAACACCUACCUGAUAGAGGACCAGAUCCGGGGCCAGAGCAGCAUUGAAGGCUACAUCAGGGCUCUGAAACGGGGCUGCCGGUGUCUGGAGGUGGAUUGCUGGGAUGGGCCAAAUGGAGAGCCCAUGGUGUACCACGGCCACACCUUCACCUCCAAGAUCCCUUUCCGGGAGGUGGUGAGCACCCUGGAGAAGUAUGCCUUCAAGACCUCAGACUACCCGGUCAUCCUGUCCCUGGAGAACCACUGCAGCAUGGAGCAGCAGGAGGUCCUGGCCCAGCAGCUCAAGGCCAUACUGGGAGAGAAGCUCCUCACCACCACCACCGAUGGGCGGGUCCCCACCCAGCUCCCAUCCCCAGAGGAACUGAAGCACAAGAUCAUGCUGAAGGGGAAGAAGAUUGGGCGGCUGGAGGACACGCUGGAUGGGCCUGGGGAUGAGGCACCUGAUGUGUCUGAUGAUGACAAUGGGGCAGAGGCGGAGGAGGAGAGGCGGAGGGCAAAGAAGGACAGGGAGAGCCUGGCACAGGAACUGUCUGACUGCGUCAUCUACUGCAAGAGUGUGUCCUUCCGGGGCUUUCAGGAGGCUCGCAGCCAUUCCCGACCCUCCGAGAUCUCCUCCCUCUCUGAAGCCAAAGCCAGGAAGCUCAUCCGGGAUGUGGGGAAUGAGUUUGUCCGCCACAAUACCUGGCAGCUGACACGCAUCUACCCCAGCGGGAUGCGAACAGACUCCUCCAACUACAGCCCCCAGGAGAUGUGGAAUGUGGGGUGCCAGAUCGUGGCCCUGAACUUCCAGACUGCUGGCAUGGAGAUGGACCUGUGUGAUGGGCUCUUCAGCCAGAAUGGCCGCUGCGGCUACGUGCUCAAACCACCCUUCAUGAGAGACAAAGACACUCUCUUCAACCCCAGUGACCCUGACAGCCGGGAGGGUCCUGGCCCCACUACUCUGACAAUCCAGGUGAUCAGUGGGCAGCAGCUGCCAAAAGUGGCCAACAGCAAGGACGGAGCCAUCAUCGACCCACUGGUGCGUGUGGAGAUCCAUGGGGUCCCUGCUGACCAGGCACACCAGGAGACCAAGCACAUUGAGAAUAAUGGGUUUAACCCCCACUGGGAUGAAACGCUCCAGUUCCAGCUCCAUGUACCUGAGCUGGCCCUUGUCCGCUUUGUGGUGGAAGAUUACGACAAGACCUCCAGGAAUGACUUUGUGGGCCAGUUCACCUUAGCCUUCACUAACAUCAAACCCGGCUACCGCCACAUCCAUCUCCUCUCCAAGGAUGGCACCAGCAUCCCACCCUCUUCACUCUUCGUCCACAUCCGCAUCACUGAGCCACCCAGCCCUGAGCAGGACUGA